AUGGGAUUUCAUAGUUUCUUAUUGUCUGUCAUUUUGAUAUCAUUUAUCAUUUAUGGAACUAGUACUCAUAAAUCCCAUAACUUUACUAUUAAUACCAAUGAUUUGAAAGCCUUGACUGGAUUUUCUAACUGCUUAGAAUCAGCUAUUCUGAACUGGAACAGAUCUAUGUUCUCUGAUUACUGCACUUGGUUUGGUGUCACAUGUGAUGCCUUGCCUGGUGAAGGCACAAGAGUAGUUCGCUUGGAACUUGGAAGCAGAAGACUUAGUGGAAAAAUCUGUGAAUCCUUGGCAGGUUUGGAUCAGCUAAGAGUCUUGAACCUUUCCCAUAAUUUCUUGAGUGGCUUCAUUCCUGACAAGUUGUUUCAACUACAAAACUUGGAGGUGAUAGACUUGAGUAAUAACUAUUUUCAAGGCUCUAUAAGUACAGCUAUUUGUACCUCUUCUACUCAGGUUCAAGUACUUAAACUAUCAAGUAACUUCUUUUUUAGCAUGAUUCCAGAGAAUUUAGGUAAUUGUUCCUCUUUACAGCAUCUGUCCAUUGCUGGAAAUGAUUUGUCAGGAAGCCUUCCAGAGAGAAUAUUUCAGCUGCAAAAUUUGAGUCUGCUAUACCUGCAGGAUAAUAAGCUAUCUGGGCCAUUAAAUAAAGGGUUUGGUAAUCUUACAAAUCUAGUGGAACUAGACAUAUCUAAUAAUGGGAUUUCUGGAAUUCUUCCUGAUAUUUUUGAGAGACUCACAAGGUUUAAAGUUUUCUCUGCUGAGUCAAAUAGAUUCACUGGUCAGUUGCCAGCAUCAUUGGUGAAUUCUCUAUCUCUUCAGAUGCUUAUUUUGAACAACAACUCCUUGAGUGGUUCAAUUAACUUAAAUUGUUCUGCAAUGAAAAAUCUAACCUCAAUUGGUCUUGGUUCUAAUCAACUUCAUGGUCCAAUACCUAGUAAUCUAUCAAAUUGUCUAAGAUUGGAAGCAAUUAAUCUUGCUAGGAACCAUUUCAGUUGUGGGAUUCCUGUCAAAUUCAAGAAUCUUCAGUCCCUAACCCAACUCUCACUUUCAAAGAACAGCCUCCAUAAUUUAUCUACAACACUAGAGAUUUUAAGUCACUGCAGGAACUUAAGUACCCUUGUCCUUACAAUGAACUUCUAUAAUGAAGAAAUGCCACAAGGUCAAAAUCUAGAAUUCAGUAAUCUCAAGGUUUUUGUCCUAGGCAACAGUCAGAUCAAAGGUUCAAUUCCAAAAUGGUUAAGUGGAUGCAAGAAGCUGCAGAUGUUGGAUCUUUCAUGGAAUCAUCUCAGUGGUAGCAUUCCCUCAUGGUUUGGCAAAUUUGACAAUCUCUUUUACUUGGACUUAUCAAAUAACUCUUUCAAUGGCAUCAUACCACAGAGCUUGACCAUGAUCUUGAGCCUCCAUUACAGGAAUUUUUCAUUGGAAGGAACACUUUCUAACUUUCCCUUUUACACUGGUGGGAGUGUAAAGGGUAUGAAGUACAAAAAAGUUUCAAGUUUUAGACCAUCUUUAUUCCUCAGUUACAACAAACUUCAAGGACCAAUAUGGCCAAGUUUUGGUAACAUGAAAGGCCUACAUGUGUUGGACCUAAAACAGAAUAGCCUAACAGGAUCAAUUCCCCAACAGCUAUCGGGAAUGAUAAUGUUGGAAAUUUUGGACUUAUCUCAGAACAAACUGGCAGGAGAAAUACCACAAUCAUUGGUGAAACUUAGUUUCUUAUCCAUAUUUGAUGUGUCCUAUAAUCAGUUGCGCGGUGAAAUCCCAACAGGAGGACAGUUUGAUACUUUUCCAUCUACAAGCUUUGAAGGGAACAAGGGUCUCUACCCUUAUGCCACUUCUACCAUCAUUCCUUCUUCACCACCUGAGAUUCCUACUCAGAUGGAGAUCAUUGGUUUUCCAUUUGGAUUUGGUGUUGUAGCUGCUUUUCUUGUAACUGUAGCCAUGUGUUUCACUUCUGGAUGGAUGUUUUCAUAG